GUUGAGGGUAACUAGACUUAGUUGAUCAGAGAUUUAGAGAUUGAUUGCCAUUUUACGCCAGGAGUUUCAAGAUGGAAAAACUUUUGCUUGGAGUCAUGAAAUUCAGAAACCUCGUUCAACCUUCAAUUUUACCGUCACUCAAGAAACUUGCCAACAAAGCACAAGUAAGGAAGCACUUCCUACUGAUACUGUCUUAUAGGAAUCAACAAAAUCUGGAUGGGAUCGGAUUGGACAAACCUCCAGUAUUCCUCUAAAUAACAACUGGUUAGGUCUUUGAAUGAAUGAAUGAACAACUUUAUUAAUGUGUCAAUCUUCUAGCUGGCUACACGUAGCUUACUAAUCGGAGAUAAGUCUUUCAAGGGUUGAUCUGAUCUGGUCGCGGUCCGAUCCAGGUUUUGUCAUCCACUGAAAAUCAAACUUUGUUGUUUUAAUUAUCAGUUAUUCAGGACUAAUGAACCUUGAAUUGAAUAUUGAAUUGAAAAACUUGAAUGUGUUGGCAUUCCUUGUAUAGGAAUAAUGGAUCAUUAUACAUUUCUGGGAAACUGCCCACCUACCCCUCCCCUAAGCCAACGUUAACACUUACUUCUCACUUACGGCAAAAUGUUGGCUUAGGGGAGGGGUAGGUGGGCACCCCCAGAAACAUAUAAUGAUCCGCAAUAAUUUGGUAAACAUUGUUUUGUCAUUUACUUCUCCCAGCAACUUAAACAACAAGAUGCUCUUUAUCUAGAGUCAAUAAGCUAACCCCUCUCUAAUCUCUAGCCUGAAGCUGAAGAACCGCUAACGUCCACUGGUUUUCCCACAGAAUGACAUCAUUUUGCAGGGAAACCAGUCUUGGUUUUGCAAAAUGUCAGCUGUUUUCUUAUGCUGCCUUAUCUCAAAUCCUUUUGUAGCCUCGUAUGUUAAUGAUCACCUGUAUGGACAGCCGUUUGUGUCCGACCAGCUUCACACAGGCGGAUCCCGGAGAUAUGUUUAUUGUUAGAAACCCAGGUAAUAUGAUGCCUCAUAGUCAGUUGUUUGGAGAGAGUCAUCAGAGUGCUUUGUCAGAACGAGCUGCUUUAGAAUUGGCCGUGUCAAGUGGUGUUGAACAUGUAGCUGUUUGUGGACAUUCAAAUUGCAAGGUAAUAAACAUCAUCAACACAAGAGAGUCAUUUCUCAGUUCAUUCGUGAGUCAUUCUUGAUUCAUUCACAAAUUUGCAUGAGAAUUGUUAGACUGCAAGAGCUAUGCAUGGCGAGUGAAAAAUUUAAAUUAUGCAAAGUAACAGUAAGUAGGGGCAGAGGGAGAAAAAGAGGACAACUGGGGAAGUUUCAUUGUAUAUAUUGAAUUAAUGUUUCAGUGAAACAGAAUUUAUUUUCUUUUUUCUGCCUGGGCUCCAACCCACUUCACUACUUGCUUUUCAUAUGUGCUCUUGAUGAUUCCCUGUGAUUCAAAAAAAAAAUUGAGGCACUCGCAGCCUAGGCUAGAAUAUUAUAGGUUUGUAUGAGUGAAUGAGUCAUCCUCAUUUUGUUUGUUGCCCUCAGUUUGUUUAUGUCAUCUCUUCAGGGUCUUUUGUUUAAUAUGAGAAGGCUCCGCCCCGAGAUUAGCCUCCCCUGCAGACAUUCUUUGGGGUGCGUCAUGCGUUGCUUCCCCACUUGGCAAGGAACGCAUGAUGCACCCCUAAGAAUGUUUGCGGGGAACGCUACCCCGGGGUCCAACCCCUUGCCCUUUUUUAUACCAUUUACGGUAUAUUUAGGUACUUUAGAAUGGUGAGGGAUUUGGGGAGUUAAUGCUAAAAGAGUGAAGCAAAAUUCAGCUGAACUAGGACUGGUGUAGGUUAAGGUUUCCAGGGUCUCAGUGGCACAUCCUCACCCAAAUCCUAAAGUAUCAAUCAAAGGAUUCUUGAUGCAAUUUCCAGGCAAUGUCAUUCCUUCACCAAUCACUGACUCCAGACGAAAAUACCGCUCAAAACUCUUGGGUGUCAAGUUGGCUUAAGCGUUAUGCACAAGCUUCUUUAACAAAGUUUGAACAGCUUGAUGUCCAUGCCAGUGAAGUGAACAAAGUUACUUUUAGCAGCAACUCAAGAGAACAGGACAAAAUGGAACUUUUGUUUGAUAAUGACAAAAAUCUCUCAGCUGUUGACAAACUCUCCCAGGUAAAAAUAUUCAGUAUAUCUAGGUGAUGCUGUGUUACUAAGACAAUCAUGACCUAACUUUGUAUGGUUUGCCAUCAAAUAUUUGAGUUUCCACAGGCCAUUUUAUUAUCUUUGUAUCUCAAAACAAGAUACAGUGGAGCCCUUCUCUACAGACACCUGCUUAAUAUGGACACUCAUAUACUAAGUGGACAGUUUUGCUUGUCCUGACCUGACACUGAAAAAUCUCAUGGGAAAGCGUUAUUGUACGUUUUCCUAGAGAAGGUCACAUAUUUUCUCUAAAAUUUACCCACUUAAUACAGACACCCAUAUAAUAUGGACAAUGUGGCAUCUUCCCUUGGUGUCCAUAUUAACUGGAUACCACUGUAAAAAUGGUUUGAAUUAAUUUGAAUUUAAAAUGGGUGUGUACUUUAUUUGCGAAUUGUCACGGACUGUAAGCUGUACAGUCCUGUACAUUCCUUAUGCUCAAAGCGAAACACAUGGUCACCACAGCUUCAAAAAUAUUAUCAUUAUUGUAUCAUGGCCCUUGUAUCCAGCAAUCUGUAUUUUCUUGUGGGAAAUUGUAUCAAUUGAAAGCUCUAUGCAAAAAAAUCCUCUAGUCCCCUCUUGAUAGGGUAGUUUUUGCUUGGCGUCCUUCUUUGUAACAGCUUUACCAAUACUUAGUGACAGACCUAGCCUGUUGAACAAGCGCUAUGUUUUAGGAAGAGUUUUUCAGGCAAGCACGAAAUGGUUGUGGAGUGCGAAACAUACACGAUGGGGGAAGACAUCGAAAAAAGACCUUCCUUCGUCACGUGUCUUGCUCUCCCUAUCUGUUUUGCGGUUGCCAAAAAAAAACUAACUACAUAAAAUAGCACCUGUUCUUCGGGCUAUGACAGACCUGUCUCAUUGUUGUAAGAGUGAGUUGACUGUCAUUUAACCAUUUUAUCUGUAUUUUGUGAUAACAGGUUCAUGUUCUUGAACAAAUACAGAACAUUAAGUCCUAUGGCUUUGUGCGCGAUUUGCUUGACAAAAGAGCACUUCAGGUCCAUGGCCUGUGGUUUGACAUUGGGGAUGGUGAGAUGUUCCUGUAUUCAAAAAACGACAAGAAAUUCAUCAUCAUCAAUGAAAAAACCCUAGAAACAACAUUGAGUCAUCUGAUCACUGCAGACUGAGAUGUAAACACUACCUUUGUGAUCAUUCACUGCCAGUGGACCAACAGCUAAAAUUAUAGAUAUUAAGUAAAUAGUAAUUUAUUAAACUUUUUAGCAUCUGUUACACUUAAAAUAUCCCUUUCAACUUGUUUCAUGAGAUAACUUGUCCAAGACAUAAUUCAAUAUUUUAACACCCCAAUCAAAUUUUCUUGAAAUCCAUUCAAUAUAUAUACUAGAGCCCUCCAUGGGUUUUUUAAUUUUUGUUACAGAGCAAUCAGUGUAUAUCCAUCAAUACUGCUGGAGAGAGGGAGUUAACAUAAGGUUACUUACCAAGUUUAAAGGUGAUACGCCUAAAGGGUGGCAGAGAUAUUGCACCACAAAGCCGCAAAAUUUUAUAGACGUUUGUAUGGUGGGGAGCGCGAACUCCCACCCCCCCCACCAUGCAUACAUCUGUUAAAUAACGCGACUUUUCAGCUGAGCUAUAUCUUUGUUAAUUUUCAACAAAUCCCAUUUAAACUUGGCAUCUUUACUGAUUUUACGGCAUUCUUUCUGGCUGUAUUGAUGAAGGUCUAUGUGAAGGUCUAUUUUCACUGGAACAUUGCAGCAUGCAGUGUGAAAAGUGGAACUUGAUUUUAAUUUCUGCAAAGUUAAUUUAAACAAAAACGUUGCAAGAUAUGUUCAAUUUUAAGGGGUGUUCAGGAAAUUUUCAACGCAACUUGUGUCACAACAAGAUUGCGAGGCACGGUGCAAGAAGAAUUGCCUCGUGUAACAAAGCCUUUAAUUUUUGAAAGUAUAAAAGUUUGGUGAUUUUAGCCAGUGUAUGGUUAGACGAGACAAAAUGAUUAACGAAAAAACAACAAAGAAUACAAGAGCUACAAUGCAGCUUGGCUAACAAAACUAAACAAGGUCUAAACAUGAUAGAACUUAGGAAAGUCAGAAAUGAAAGACCUUAAGCUCAUAUUAUGUAAAUGAUGAAUUAGUGAAAUAUUGCAUAGCAAAGUACAGUGGACAAAAAACAGCUAUAAUAAACCUUUAAACGUGAGUAUUAUGAAAAACAAAUGUUAUUGAAAUUUCGUGGGCAAAAAUAUGUUUGUCAUAAAUAGAAUGCCAGGCUUGUAGGAAAGUCUUCCGAAAGCUCAUCACAUGGGUUUGAAUGCAAGUGAACACUUGGUUAAAAAAGGAUUCUUCACCUUUGAAUAUAUUUCAAUAUUCCAGACCGUCAACUAAAAAUUAAAACACUAGCAAAUGGGAAAUUUCAGCUUUCAGGAUUCCCGCUGUCCUCCUAUUAAUUAGGGAGCUUAGGCAACGAUGACGGCGAGGGCAACGAGAGCGGCAAAAAAGCAACAAGUUUUAUCAGCAAACCAAAAACUUUGCACGUCCAUCACGCUUUUAUGUACAUUUCUUAGCCGACGUUGCACGACUACAACGUAAAAGUGCCUAAUUUCACGUUUUGUCCAGGACGGGAACACAAGACAACAACUUUCCUUUUCUUCUCCUGAACUUUGAUGCAGUCCUUUAGAAUUCAACUCCAAAACAAUAUGAUGCCAACAUUUGACGAAUUAAACGAGAUGGAAUAAGCGUGAUAAAGUUUGAGGUAGCGAGAAUUCAUUUUCAGUUUUUAAGUGACGUUUUCGUAGCCGUAGCCGUCGUUGUUGCCAAGCUCCCUAAUUUUACGGCCGAGGUAGAUACAUUUUCUCUUUGACCAUGCAAGAAUAAAUUAAAAAUAACAAUCACAAUCAAUAAGGUUUACCUACCAAUCCGAAAGCUGUACUCGCUCAAAAGCGACAUCGGGCAAGGCAGUAACGAUAAAACGGGCAAAGGGCAGUGCAUCGAGAAUCUGAUGAGGAUUCAGUACCUGGGCCUAGCUAGUAAAAAAAAUUGUAAGUUUUUGCGUGUUGUGAUUCAUGAUAAAAUGACGUUUACCACAAAAAAUGCCAACUAUAUUUCUUUCUUCCUUUUUUUUUUGCUUGAACAAGUUAUCAAUAGCUGUGGUAAACACCGGAUCCCCAAAUAUCCAUCCAUUUACAUUCUGAAGAGCUGAUAAAUUAAUAGACAUUUUAAAAUUUGCUUCUCAUAAUUCCCAGGUAAACGGGAAAAGAGAACCCAGAGAGCCAAUGUAGUGUCGCUGCCCGCACCUUACAGAGAAGCGAGAGUCUGAAUUGUUGUUUAAUGAAAAAUAACUGGAUUAUAAGAACAGAUAGCAUUGAAUGUGCACCAGAAGAGAUUGGACCCUACGGGAACAGUCUGGUUAAAAGCAUUAUUUUCUUUCUUUUUUUUUUUCGUCGUCAUACCCUUUGAACAAGCGUUUUGAACGAACGUUCUUAGCCCCAUUUGCUCUUUCCCUAAUUACCCCACCCCUCCCCUUCUUCCAAAUUACCCCACCUUUCCCACCCCUCUACUACAUUGUACUUUGAACUUCCCAAGGUCUCUCUUUAUGCUUGAAAAGCAUCUUAGCCUGUACAUCAAGCUUUUCAAGGAGUAAAGUCUUCGUAUUUCCAAGUCUACUCCCCCCCCAACCCCUGGGGAAAUUACUAAGAUUCCUGGAUCCAGCAUCUGACAUCUGAAUACGGUAAUCAAGUGUUUAUACGUUACUUAUACACUUAUGUUGCUCAGCUCGACGUAACACUCUCUAUCCGCGUGUAAGAGUCAAAAUACGCAAUAUCCCUAACGAUCAGAACAUUGAGAUCGGGCCAAGGAAUGUGACAAAGCUCAAUACUUGUUAAUGUCCACCCAAAGUUGAGAGAAAGCUUUUAGAGAAAAAAAAAAGAAACAUAACAAGAAAAUGUCGACAAAGGUCUAUAAAAAGAACAAAGGAAAUACCGAUGAAAUUGUUCUGAAAGUUGAUUACGACUGCGAGAAUUGGAAGGACGGUGGCCGGGGAUGGAUGAUAUGUUUUGCAGCCGCAAUGGUGCAGUUUGUCGUCCUGGGUAUUCACAACAGUUUUGGAAUACUGUACAUUGUGUUUGUCAAGGAAUAUGGAUGGAGCAAAGCUUUAACUGGUAAGGGCUGAAAUUUGAUUAACGCAUGAUUAACAGGGGAUAUCGUUAGGAGGUAUUAAAAUCAAGUUCAUGUUAUCUCCGAAGAAAUAUCCGUUUUGGGGUGUUCAAAUUGUAGGGAGCGGCGCGAUUUAAAGAAAGCGAGGGAAAUCACGGGUUAGAUUUUUGCCUGCCUGGGAAAGCAGACCAAAGUGCUCGCCAUGACUCGCGCGCGGUUAGGGCAAGCAUACUAUAAAAGACUCAAAGUACUAGUUAGAAUAGUAUGCGUCACGGGUGAAAGGUUUUUUAAAAUCGGUUUUGACAUCAAGAACGCAGUCAGAACUUUCUGUCUGGAGCUUAACUUUGUUUUUAUUCCAUUUUUUUUUUCUUGCACAAAUCCUAACUUUUACGCAACCCCGCAGGGUAAUGGCAGGUUAACAGGGGUUUUUAGCACCCUAAAUUUAGUACGUAUCCUUCGCAUCUUUGGACAACAUUUUCAGAUUAUUCAAGUAUAAUUUCAAUUUAGAUUAAACGGUAUAACCUGGGUUUUUCCUAAUGUUUUGCGGGCACAAUUUUCGGAAAAUAUCUGUUCGGAAACAACAUCGCUUCGUCAUCAUCUAAACAAUGGUCAGUUGCCUAUUUUUAUUCAAGAAUUUUAUAAUUUCAAUUUAGAUUAAGAUCACGGUAGGAAUAACAGACGAAAAUUUUUAAGAUAAAAAUAAGCCUAUUUUCGUUUAAAUCUAAAAUGUUUAACAAAAUGAUUUAAUUUAGCUUCAUAUGAUCGUCACCGUACACUUGUCAUAAGGCAUUGUUUUUGUCUGUGCGAGUGCCACUUAAUCUUUUUUUCCCCUACAAAACAAACAAAAGAAACAUGUGAAUGCAGUACGAGGUCGCUGAGACGUAUCCCAGUAAAAUUUGACUUGAUCCCGUCUUCGUGAGAGCAAAAAUAGAUCGAGAACUUAGGACGUUCUACUAUCUGAAGGCCUGGAACCGAAGCAAACCAACCCUUUUAUUACUCUAUUUAGGAAAAUGGACAAAUUAAAUUGAUGUUUCUUUGCAGAAAAUGGCUUAGGACAAGCUCGCAGGGCCAAUAAACCACAUUCUAUCCAGUCGCAAUCCCUGUAAGGAAAAGAACGUGUUCCCGGGUACUGUUGCCUAUGUGCAACACUCAGCUCGCGUGAGGUCUUGCGACACACCUCCAUGAUCUCUAUUCAAAUUUCCCAAAUAAUCGAACUUUGUAGAGCAAAAAUUAAAUGGAAUGAAACGGCAGGAAACCAGGUGGAAUAAAACGACCGCAAGUGUGCAUUUUGCAAAAUGAAAAAACUGUUCUAAAUCGAAUGAUAAAAAUAAAGAACACAUAAGUUGUUUGAGGCUUAUUCCCCUGGGAAUAAGGCAGGGCAUUUAGGAUUUCCGGUAUGGAUACUCAAAACGUGACUUUUUUUACAACCUGCGAGGCAGGAAAGCGUUAAAGGGGAGGGGCCAGGAGGGCUUUAAAAACGCCUCUCUGGGACUUUUCAUUUGUUGUUCCGGCCCCUCACUUCCCAAAAGUGAUCCCUCUCGUUCGCCUUUUAAAUGCAUUGCCAGAAAGGUGGGCCAGGAGGGGACGCCUCUCUGGUCUCGCACACUUUUCAUUUGUUGCUUCUGCAGAAGAAGGGUGGGAACUUAAGUCUUUCACUUGCAGAAGUGAUCGGCGUAUAACUUCUCCUUAUAAUAUCCAAUACAUUCUCACACAGAAAGGUGAUGAGAAUAGGUAAAUUUAUCAGCCAAUGGAUGCCAUAUUGCAGAUAUUGAUAUAACCCCAAAUUCUCUUAACUAAUGCACAGUAAAAUGUAUGGCAGCCAGAAAUGAGAAUUACUGAUCAGAUCGUAGGAGUCAAAGGCUUAAGCCUUCGAUCCUCACGCUAACUGGAACCAGGCAACGUCGAUUUUCCCUGGAUUUCCUUCUUACAUUUACUGUAAUUUUACCCCCGGUAACUCGAAGUAAUGUCUUGUUUCCCUUUAGAUCAUUUCUAUACAAUCCUACCUGCCUGUUUACCUUUAUGGGGUUUUCCCUCGACUAGACGUGAAGGCAAUUUGUUCGUUUUUGUUUACGCAGGUUACAUAGGCUCUAUGGGACUGGGUAUGAACUUCUUUUUCGGCCCCUUCACCAGUGCAUUAUGCGAUCGUUACGGCUGCCGAGUGGUCGCCAUGAUCGGUGGAGUCAUCUCCGUUGCAGCAAUGUUCGCAACGUCUUUCGUCAACAGCCUCGUUCCCAUUUACCUGACCUAUAGCGUUCUCUGGGGAAUGGGCUCCAGCAUGAGCUAUGUUCCAACAUUCCUUAUGGUCGAUAGUUACUUUGAGCGGCGAAAGUCCUUGGCGAAUGGGUUCAUAACAGCUGGGAGCGCUAUCGGGGCUCUGGUAAUGGGACCCACUCUAAAUGCACUCUUAUCUAAAGUUGGUUGGAAGAACACCAUGAGGUUUCUCGGGGGCGUUGCUUGUAUUUUGGUGUUCGCUGCGUUUAGCUACAAACCACCGCCUGUGAAAAGAGAACCUGCGAAAAAGAAGAAACUGAUAGACUUGUCUGUUUGGAAAAAUAAAGGAUUCAUUGUCUGGGCGUUGGCACUGGGCAUAUUUAAUCUGGGUUACUUUGUUCCUUACGUCUAUUUGGUAAGUUUGAAUUUCCUCCCGUCCUUCAUGAAAAAACUUUCUAUUUUUUUGCGUCGACGAAGGAGACGCCCCCUAAUCGAGUCGUUAAGUUUUCUGUGAUUUCGUGGGCAGUCUGUGCAUGUUUCUUAGAGCGAGAAAUCGAGAAAAGAGAUUGUCGGUUUAUGAUUAAUUUUGAACGUCAGAGUAAUUACCUGAUUUAUAGGAAAUAUUUCGCAGAUCAAUCUCUUUCUUUUUUAGAUAUUUCGUUGAUCAAAGUCUGAUCAGGAACGUUUUGAUUAUCCCUAUGUAACCCAGAUAGUUACGAAAUUCCCUAAUGCGACGCACCAUAAUCUUUGAUUAUUACUAGGAGGAGGAUAUAAUUAUAAACCGGAGUUAAUAAAAUACAUCGUCUACCUGAAAUAGAUUCAAUAUCUGACCAUGAUCUGGAUAAUCCGUGUACUCACAAAAAGUGCUAAGAGUUGCCGUUGAAAGUCUUGAAACGUUGCUUCUUUAAAAGACGUCUUUUGUUGUUGCCCGGUUUCUCUUGACUAAUAAAAUGCUCUUUCAAUCAACAGCCGACCCACGCAACCUACUUACAGAUUCCCGAAUCCAAGGCGUCGUUCCUCAUCGGCUUUCUUUCGGUUGGUUCCUUAUUUGGUCGACUCUUCUUCGGUCAUGUUUCGGAUCUUCAAUGGGUCAAUCGUCUGUAUCUUUACCAGACGGCACUGUUGGUGAUGGCUGUUACGACUACUCUAUGCCCGCUGGCCACCACGUACUACGGGCUGGUUGUCUACACGCUCCUGUUUGGAAUAUUUGAUGGAGCGUUUGUAUCACUGAUCGCUGUCCUUACCGGAGAUGUUGUUGGUCAUCAUAGGCUGUCAUCAGCUCUAGGGUUUUUAUAUCUGGUAUUCUCCGUUCCAAUUAUGACAGGCUCACUCAUCGCAGGUAUGAUAUCAAGCAACAAAAUGGCAAACGGCUCACACAUUAACUAUACAGUGGCUGGUCACCCUCGCAGCCUUUUUGCGUCGUCACGCAAUGCUCCUCCCCAACAGGAGCGUUGCGUGACGAGACAAACACGGCUGCAGGGGAGACCAGCGAGUGGCAUGACCGCCAACCUCGUUUCCAGAGGCCGCGAUGCUGUUGGUCAUCGACACGAUGGGGAUCUUAUGACAAAAGGGACCCCUGGGGACGAGGUUGCAUGCCCGCCCAGUCCGCCCAACUUACACACAGGGAACCCAGUGCAAUUCAUACUGGAAACUUACUUUACGUGUAACAGAAUCCUCCCCCGACAACCCGUAGAUAUCUCCUUUCGAGAGAUAUUUUGUUUGUAUUUGUUGUUUUAUCUUUCGAGUUAAGUAUUGUGUUAUCUAACUUGACUAAAAUGGCGUAAGUCCUCGUUGAAAGUAGGCAAGGCAAAAGUAGAAUAAAUCUUGUUUUUACAACUGUUAAAAAGUGUGUGUAUGCUACUUUCUGAUUAUUUUUCUAAAGUUCUUCACUGCGACACCAACUACAUUUUGUUUUCUCAGGAUUCCUAAGUGACAUCACAAGUACUUAUAACGAGGCUUUCUACUUCUCUGGUGCCGCCAUUGCUCUGUGUACAGGCCUGUUAUCAUUCGUUCCAGUUUUAACGCCCAUGAGAUCACCUGGCGUCAGAGAGAUGAAAAUGACCUCUGAUGAGCUCGGCAAAAAGCGAAGACCUUCGUUCUUUGAAAAAUAUGUGCAAAGAUACUUAAGCUCUUCGGAGCCUAAGCCUUCUGAAGUUGAGGAGUACUUGUUUGUGGUGGAUAAAAUCACAGCGGUGUGAUCUUCCUAGCUAUAAGAAUAUGAUCAUACGAUGGUGAGAAAUUAAACCGCGACAAUGUACUGCACUGUAAGACAGUGAAAACGGCUUUCUGUAACUAAGAACUUUAAUAUUGAUGAUGAUAAUAUUAAUAGUGAUAGGCACGUUGAAAACAAAGAGAGAGAGAGAGCGAGAGAGAACCUAAAAAAUAGAAUAUUCAAGGAAAUCGUUAUCUUUAGAGAACAAGGACAAUAGUUUUUGCCAUUUUCUGUCUUGCAGUCAGAACUUUGCAAAAGACCGCACUUUUUGAGAAUGGUCACAUUUUGAGAAAAGUAUAGUUGAAGUCAGUAACGUCCCGGCCAGGCGCCGGACAAAAAUGUUGAAAUGUUUUUGCCUGGACGAUGAAUUCUGUGAAAAACAGAGAAAAUAAUAACCAUUAUACCACUACAUGAGAAAUUUCUGCAAUUUGAUUGGCUUAGAGCAGUGGUAUUUCAGCUAAAUUUGAAAAUUACAAAACCUUUGCAGGUAGUAGUAUAAACAAAUAAUAGCAUGAUUUGUACGUGAUAUUUGGC